AUGGCAGUGGUGGAGGAGGCACUGACAAUGCCACUGGAGGAAGCUAUAGCCCAGGUAGGUUCAAAGGUUGGAAUUGAAGGAGGUUCAUAUGGAAAGAGCAGAAGGUUGCAAAGACAGAGUGCGAUAGUAGCUGGGGAUAGGGGGCUGAGCUUUCACUCUGGGGCUGUGCCCCAGGCCUUGGAGUGUAAGUCUGCAGCCCCACACUGGGUGCUUCAGCUUCUCUUGCUCCAGCUCUCCAGGACUCUGGUGUUGGAGGUUGUGGCAGCAGUGUCUGAAGAUAGGGCAACAAGCUUUGAUCCUAGUGAGCCAUCAUUAGAAUCCCUGAUAUGUGUGGUUGCCAUUGCACUGCUUACCAUUUUCUUAUUUCUUUGGAGAGGAUAGGGAUCAAUUCAGAGCCGACUUUAUUUGAGUAAAGAGAAUAGACUGGCUGUGGAACUUGCAAUGGAAAUAAAAAAGAAAUGUGAUCUAAUUGACAAAGUGUGCCUUGCUCAAGAGGAGUAUGAAAGCUUAGAGUCAUCGUUAAAGGAGGCCAACUUUGACAAGGCAUCAACAGAAGUACAGAGUUUGAAGGUUAAAAAAAUUAGCUUUCUAUUUUAGGCAACUUAUAAAAAUCUAGAAAGAGAUAAAUCUAAACUUGAAGAAGAAAUAUUACUUAUAGAGAAGAAACUAGAAGAAGAGAGACCUAAACGUUAUGAAGAAGAGGAAUUGAUGAGUGACCUUUCAAAAAUGAUGCAGUCUCUAGCAGAUGAAUCACAGUCUGUCAAAUCACAGCUAGCUGAAGCCAAAACCACACUAAGAAUAUUUGAAAUAAAUAAAGAACGACUUAAAGGAGUAAUAAAAGAUACCUUGAAUGAAAAUUCUCAACUUCAGGAAAGCGUGCAUCAGGAUUUAGAAGAAGCUAAAAUCAUGAAAGAACAAAUGAAUCAACUCAAUAAACAGAAAAUAGCAAUCGAAGUAUCUAACGUACAGGCAGAGCAACUCCUAAAAGUUAAGGAAAAUCAGAUCAAGAUAAUGGCUUGUUGGUCUCUGAUGGAGAGCCUGCUAAGGAGGAAAGACUGGAAUCCUGUGCUUGGGGAAGAUGUAACUGAUGAUGGUAAUCUGGAUGUAGAAGUGAACAAUGACUUAGAGAAUAACAGGUCUUUGAGGAAGCUAAUAUAUGCUACUGAGUUAAGCGCUUCGUUAAAAACCCUAGAAGGAGACAGAAACCAAAUUUAUACUCAGUUAUCUAAAAUAGAUGCAACAAAUGAUGAUCUUACAGAGCAUAUGCGAAGUCUCAAGUCUGAACAAGUGUCUCUGCAGUCAGGUAAUACACAACUUGAAAUCGAGAAACAGAAGCUUCAAAGGAAAAUCACAGUGAUGAGGGAGCUGUACCAAGACAAUGAAAGGAUGCUUCACAGGAAAAUAACAGUGGAGGAAAAUUGUAGAUUGGAGAAAGAGGAAGAAGUUUUCAAAGUAAUCAAGAGAACUAGCCAUGUGAACAAGGAACUAGAGACCUAUAGACGGCAUGCCAAGGAUAUCGAAGAAGAAUUGGAGAGAAAAAUUUGCUCCUAUCAAGGGCAGGUUAUUGCUCAUGAACAAAGGGCACAUGACUAUUGGCUGGAAGCUCGUGCUUUGGAAAGAAACGUCAAUGAAUUAAAGAUAAAAAAUGCUCUGAUGAGACAAAAAUGGGCCAGUAUCCUCCAAGUUGGAAUCCAGGAAGAGUGCCACCAAACAAGACUCUGUGGUGAGAAUGGGAAAUUGAAUUCUACCCAUGGAUCCAAAUCAACUUUGCCCAUUUCUGGCUAUGCUGAAUACAAAGCUUCUGGACAAGACUUGGAUGUUCCACUGGUUCCUGAGGUCAGACACCCCAGAGGCCCUGCCUUCCCAGGGGAUCCAAGUUGCUAUGUUCUGCCUCCAGGAAACAUCUAUGGAGAUGCUCCACAGUAUGAUCCACCAAGGGACUUCCCAGGCCCACCAUUCCCUCCUAUGCCUGGGAGAAAUGUGUAUGAACCAAGUUGCGUUCCACCUUAUCUUCACCCAAGAGUUGGGUUCUUUCCCCCACUCCCAUAUCCUCCAGAAAACAUCUACGGUGAUCAAUGUGGAUAUUUUCCUACAAGAGACUUCCCUGGUCCACCAUUUCCCCCAAUGCCAGAUGUGGCAGUACCUUCUACUUUGGAAUCCGGAAAGUGUGCCACCAAACAUGAUACUGGGAAGGAAACAUUGCUCACUACUAGACCUCUUGCAAAUAAUGCAGCUGGUCACAGCUUGACCCCUCCACCUGUUCCCAGGCUUAGAGGCCCUAGAGGCUCUAGAGGUCCCAGAGGCCCUGCCUCUCAAUAUGAUCGAAGAGGCCGGAUCCCACCACCUCCUCCUCCAGGAAACAUCUGUAGAGGUCCUGGACAGUAUAUCCCACAAAAGGAAUUUGCAGGCCCACAGUUUCCGCCAAUGUCAG